GAUCGUGGCCAGCUGAGGCCGGGCUGUAGUCCAAGCCUCGCAUCUCGCUCCCCAUCCACCAUGAGUGAAUUGGAGCAGUUGAGACAGGAGGUGGAGCAGCUCCGAAACCAGAUUAGGGACGCCAGGAAAGCAUGUGGCGACUCCACGUUGACCCAGAUCACAGCUGGGCUCGACCCAGUUGGCCGGAUCCAGAUGCGGACGAGGCGCACGUUACGGGGCCACCUGGCAAAAAUCUAUGCCAUGCACUGGGGGACAGACUCCAGGCUGCUGGUGAGUGCCUCCCAAGAUGGGAAGUUGAUAAUCUGGGACAGCCACACCACAAACAAGGUACACUUCAUCCCUCUGGGCGUCGCCUCUUGGGUCAUGACCUGUGCCUACUCUCCCUCUGGAAACUACGUGGCUUGUGGGGGGGCUGGACAACAUCUGCUCCAUCUACAGCCUCAAAACCCGGGAGGGGAAGUUCCAUCGUCGGUGAGGGCCUGCCAGUCGGAACUAGGCACACUGGGUACCUCUCCUGCUGCCGGUUCCUUAACGAUAACCAGAUCAUCACGAGCUCUGGAGACACCACAUGCGCUUUGUGGGACAUUGAGACGGGUCAGCAGGUCACGGCGUUCACAGGCCACAGCGGCGACGUCAUGUCUCUGUCCUUGUCCCCCGACAUGCGCAUUCUUAUUCUCGGGCGCCUGCGACGCCUCCAUCAAGCUGUGGGAGCUACCAGGGACAGCAUGUACGGGCAGAUACCACGGGCGUUUUGUGUCGGAUAUCAACGCCGCCUGGCUUUUUCCCCAACGAAAUGCGCUUCACUACUGGCUCGACGCGAUGCCACCUGCCGCCUCUUUGACCUGCGUGCCGACCAGGAACUCAUGAUGUACUCGCACGACAAUAUCAUCUGGCGGCAUCACUGCUGGUGGCUCUUUCCCGAGGCGUCAGCCUCUCCUGCCGCCACGCACGACUUCACUUGCAACAUCUCGGGACCAGUAUGAAAGGAGACCGCUGCAGGGGUCCUGGCGGGCCACGACAACCGGGUCAGCUGCCUGGGCGUGACGGACGACGGCAUGGCUGUGGCGACCGGCUCGUGGGACAGCUUCUUGAAAGUGUGGAACUGACCCUCCUUGGCCAUCCUGCCUUUUGGGACAUCGCGGGUACACUCAAAAGGCCGCUCCGUGUUCCCAUGACGCAGCCCGUCUGUGCCCCCUGCUGUCGGGGGGGGGGGAGGGGCUGGGGCAUUCACUCUUCUGCCACGCCCGCAACACUUCCCCCCCCCUUCUGAUUUAAAACAGGCGCUCUGGAUAGAGACCAGCUGGGCUCUGGGAAGCGGAAUAGAACCAGGGGUGGGGGCCCCGGCUGCCGCCUUCAGCAGUGCCCAGGAGGCCGGGGGGGGUGGGGGUGGGGAGUGGGGAAACACAGCCUGGCCUCAGUUUCCACCACUGCUCGAAAGAGAGGAAGAGAAGACCCCAGGGCUCAGCCGGAGGAGGGCACCGGACUGUUUCCCCUCUUGACACACACUGCAGCCACCCUUUAACCAGAUGUUUACAGUGAGCUGCUAAAGUCUGUUUUCCCUCUUCGCCCCGUCCCCCCCCCCCACUCACUGGGCAGAAGAAGGGGAUCUGGUUGUCGAGGGGGGAGUAGGGCAAAGACAAAGCCUGGUGCUAAACCCCUGUAGUCCUCCCCCCCCCACCACGGUGCUUUGGGACUUCGUGGUGAUAUACUCGUGGCCUUGCUGGCCCACUCCUCCUCUCCCAUCAAAGGGCGGGUUGUUGCUGGCGGUCUGCGGUAAUCCUGUAACAACAAACCAAG